CAGGAGCGAGGGGAAGGGAAAAAGCGAAAGAAGCAAGGGGAGAGGAAAGGGAGAGGAGGAGGAGGAGGAGGAGGAGGGCAGGGCCUGGAAGCGGAGGAUCGGACAUUGAUCAAUUGCAGGGAAAAGGGAGGGCGAUCGAUGGGGUGAGCGGACGAUCGAUGAGGAGUCGGCCAUGCUGGAAUCGGGCGGAAGCGAGGCGAAGGGUAAUGAACCGGAGUGGGACGUAAAUUCACGGGGGUUUGGUUGCGCUGGACGAGGGCGAGGCGAGGAUUCCCAUUUGCAUCGGCCGAUCAACGAGGGCUCCAAGCGGAGGGACGACAGGCGGGGAGGGCACGAUGGACGAUGAAGGCGGAGUGAGAUGGCGAGGCAGGAAGAGGUGACUCGAUUUCGAGGACGAGCAGCAGCAUCCGCACGGCGUUGUGGUGGUGGUGGUGGUGAGGGCAAGCAAGCGAGGGCGAUAGUUUGCUAGCACAGGGGGCGGGGACAAGAGAGGUUUCCCGGACAGGAAAAGGGGAGGAGGUGGCGGGGGAGAGCGCAGAAGGGGUGGAAGCGCCUCGUUAUGGAGGCGCUUCAGAAGGUGGUUGAAGUACUAGAGAAGCCCGGGACGUUGCCACAGCGACUCGCGGAGAGUGAGGUCCAGGAUGGGCUCCGGCAGCUGGAAAGAAUUCUUGUUGCUGCGGUGGAUGGAGAGUCCCCCGGCGUGCAGGGAUGGACCAAGCAGCAGCAGGAAUUUGUUAUUGCCGUCGUGGAAGCUAUUCUCUGCGCCUCUUGUCAUUUGGUCGCAGAUGGCGGUGACAAAGAGGUUGUGGAGCAGAUCUAUGGGCUUGCCGUGCAAUUGUGCAUUCAGGGCCUCGAGAGUUGCCUCUCGAAGCCUGGCACAAGUGCCGUACUUCUGGAUGAGGAGAUGCAACAAAAGCUGUUGUUACUUUUGGAAACAGCCCUUGUCGAAGGAAAGGCGAGAGAUCGUGGGACUUCCUCACUCAUGUCUCUAGGAGGCGUGGUCUCAGAAAUUCCAACGUUUGACUUGCCGAUUAGGUUGGACGGAGACGUCCACCAGGGCGCCAAUUGGGCUUUAGAGGAAGCAGGAGGUUGCACUACUCUAGAGAUUGGAGCAUCGGAGAAUAUCCUGAGCCUCCUGGCUAGCGAGGAGCUUGUGGUUCACAAACUUACCGGCAGGGGUUCGGAUGCAGCUCGAGUAGAUGUCCUUCUGAAGCCUGGUGUCACCAUCGUGGCUGCUGCUCAACAAUUCGCACUGGUUCAUGUGAAAUGCAUGACGCGUUUACUGUCUUUAUGCCAGGCGGUACUGGCCUCAUGUCAGAAAGUGGAGUCCGAGGAAGACGUACGAGAACUGCAAGGAAGGGUGACACUGGUGUCCAGCAUCGUGAAGCUCUUACUUGACCUGUCGAAGGCUUGUACAGGCUUCCAAUUUGAGGAAGCGGUUCUCAAAGAUAUUGUAGAGCUAGCCGCCGCAGUGCCCGUACUGUUCGAGCGUACGUAUGAUUGCGGCAGCAUAGAGCAUGAUUAUCUUGUGGAGACUAAUCUGGGAUGCUCACUCUCUACACUUAUAGAUGAGUUGAUUCAGCUUUCGAGCUUCGUCCUCCCAGAUUAUAACAUUUUUCUGAAUCUGAGAACAUACCUCGCUGCUUCCUUGUUGGACUUGCUAAGCGGGGCGAAAGGAAGACACGAGGGGCCCUUGGCAGGGCAGCCUUUCCCUUUGGUUUGCAGGCCGCAAGUGAUCAGUCGCCUACUUGGGCUGUUGCAAGAUGUUCAUGGUCACUCUUCACAAGUGAUGUCCAAAGUCAAAGACCGUGGGGCUUUGGGAGAGAAGAGCGAGAGUUGGCGGGUAAGCUCAACAUCCGUCCGCUCUUGUAAGCUUCGUAACCAAACUUUCAGCUUGAGUGAAGUACGAAGCAAGGAUUCUCACUUGCAGGUCUUAUUCUCCGAAGACGGUCUCUGGCUUGAUAACCUGGUAGCAGCUACUGCUCUUCUCCAUGCACAAGGACUUAAGGAGGGCUCAGUUGUGGAGACGGCAUCAUCAGUUCACAGCGAAGAAGAAUCUGCGGUUGGCUCCGUAGAUUCUGUAACUGUGGCCAGCGAGGAUGAUGCCCUGUUUGGUGAUCUCUUCUCAGAAUCAGGCAGGCAUUCUGUGAUAUCCGAAGGAAACGCUCAAACCAGCUCGUCUGCGAAGAAGUUAGAUGGUCUUUGCAAUGCUCCUCUUCAAGCCACACAUCAAGUAAUGUCUUUCCUGAAAGACUGUAUAUUCCUUGCUGACUGGCACAAACCAACCUUCCAAGUUGCUUGCGAGAAUCUGUCUAAAGACCAUCUAGAUGUUUUCCUUCAAAUCCACUUCUCACAGUCGAGUAUCGGCAGGAAGCAGACUUCAGCUUAUGAGGUAGUGGAUUUAGAAUCCAGUUCAGAUCUUUUAGCGCAGCUUCAUAAAGGUUCCUUUGAUUUUCUUCAAACUCUAGUUUUAAGACAUGUAUUGUCCGAGGCACUGGAAACACAUCUUGCCAGUCAAAUUUUAAAAGAGGGGGAUUCUGGGAGAGCUCUCACAGCAGACAUUCUUGUAGUUCUUGCAAGGCUCCUCCUGAACCGGUCGGGGAGAACUCGAGAAGAGACAGAUGAUCCUUUGAUAUUUAUGCUUUGGAAGAAUUUUGUUGAUGCUCUUGUUAAUAAGGCCAAAAGUAAAUUGGUUGACAUCAAUAUGGAAAAGGCUUCUGCAUACCUACCAUCUUUGUUUCACAUGGAAGUUCUUUUCAUGGCCUUCCAUGCUGCCAGCAUAUCCGGACGGGUAAAAUUGUUGCAGAGUCUCUUGUCAGCUUUGAAGUCCCUGCGGGGUAGUGAGAAGCAGCUUUCUUCCGGGCCAUCUUUAGCCGUGUGGUCACUGUUAGUAUCACGACUUGUUCUCGCUAUCAGGUACCUUGCACUAAACUUUAACACCUUUCCUAAGUGGAUACUCAUGCACUUACGGAGGAACUUGAGACCUCAGUCGACGGAAGGAGGGAAUACUCUGCCGUUGGAUGAUAGGCCUCUUCCUUCGUGGGCUGCCCUUUCGGCCAUCAGCAUACGUUGCCUGCAUGGGGCCAGGGACCAGCAAGGUGUUAGUGACGUGUGUUGCCAGGAACUGUUUGAUGUGAGUGAGUUUUGUGCUGCCGGGCUGGAGUCAGAAGGGCUCAGCAGUUUGCACCUUGAUCUCUGUGAACUCGGCCAUGUGCUCGAUGAUCUGCUUGAGAUCUGGAGGGACAAGACUGUUAAGAGUGUAGACGAGCUCUUUGUCGAGAGGUAUGUGUUCUUUCUGAGCUGGAGUAUCUUGCACACAAAAGGUCCCGUGUGGAAGCCUAUUCUACCGUGGGAUAUGAAUAUCUCAGGAGGCAAGCUUCUUGGUGCUGACUUCUUCUUUGGACUUGGAAGAAGUCUCCAUGCCAUUAUCCGCCAGAAUUGCAGUAUCGAUGUCGGUGAAUGGAAGACCUACAUGUUACAUACAUUCUCGAUGAUAGAGGAAAGACUGUCGGCGGGAAACAUCAAUUUGCAUUCUUGGGAGUUCCUUAGGCAGGGCGCUUCCCUAAAUCUUCUGCUAUCAUUGCUACAAGCUGGGCUGUGGAGCUUCUCAGAAAAGCAGAAGUCUAUUGGUGAGGGUGCUGACAGUUCUGGGCUGACAAAGGAAGGUGAUCUUCUUGAUUUUCUGGAGCAGUAUGUGAAGGUAGUUCUGACGGAUGGGGGCCUUGGCCAGCUGCUCAAAGCUCUCUCCUCAAUCCUUGCUUGGUAUGUCGAUGCCCUUCGCAAUAGUGUCUCUGAUGUUUUGAGGGAUAGCAAUCGUCACGGUGGAGUGUUUGCUUCUGCUGACUUGUUACUCAGAGGAGGCCUUAGUGGAAGUAAGCAACCACAUCUGCUGGAGUCCGCUGGAGUUGAUGUGGAGAUUGUGAAGGUACUUCUGAAGUGGGGAUCGGCUACGUCUUGGAAAAGGGACAUCACGGACUUGCUACUCGAGCCAGGUCAUGAUAGUAGAAAUUUCAAGGAUGUGAACAACAUAUUUCUACCAGCUUUAUUACAUGGAUUUCCUUCAACAUCUCACCCUGGAAGUGCUGCUGUAGUUUCGUCCUUGCUCUCUCUGGAAGGAGUUCUAGAGACUUUGGAAGGGCUUUUCCAAACCCAAGCCAUGGCUGGGGGUAGUUUGAUGGCUGCGAAGGACGACACUCAUCUCGGAGGUAUCCUUGGAACUGUCAUGACAAUGAUGCUGGACAGUACUUUUGAGAACGUUCGAAGCAAGUGUGUCUCGGUGCUGGAUUCUCUUAUUCCUUCGAAGGAAGAGCAAGCAAGUUGCAGUGACUUGUACCUGCUUCGACAUGUGGAGGAUCUCUUUGGUUCACUAGCAUCGAACAGUGACGUGGAUGCGAUGGUCAGAGAAGGAGUCAUCGUCCAAGCAGUUGAUGCAGUUAACAGCAUUCGAUUGGAUCCUGCAAGGAAUCAAGUUCUCAAAACUUACUAUUUUGCUGCUGAGUACAAGGAAGAUCUCGUCGAGAGUAGCAAGAGGGAGGGCAGGUGGAAGUGGUGGAAUGCCAAGUCGCUUGUAGGGUCGGGAAGUCUCUCACCUGUCAUUCAUGUCUUGAAUGGAUGCUCCAGCGAUUUGGUGAAUAUGAAGAUACUCCAACUCCUUGUUGAUUUUGUGGGUGCCGAGAGCUCCGCACAGCUGCAGUUCAAACUGGAGUUGCAGAGGAAGUUUUUGGAAAUGAAGACGAAGGAUUUAGCAGCCUGGCUGGAGCUUAGGCUUCUGGGUAGUAUGUCUGGAAAUCCGAAGGAUAACAGCUCGCGUGUCCUGGCCUCGUCUGCCGUGAGGGAACUGUCGUCCAAUUUUCUUCAGAUGCUGGUGAGUCUGCCUAGUGAUGCCCAAGAUAAUGGGCUGAGAAGUCAUCUGGUCGAAGCCCUCCUCAUCAACCUUGAACCGGCAUUUGUGAGCUACGAUGUCUCUUCUGCUAAGGCCUAUUUUGGUCUUCUGGUACAGUUGGCUGUUGGGGAUGCUCUACUCAAGCAGUUACUCAGAUCUGUUGUUUGUCUCCUUGAGAAGCUGAGUACGAGUGGCACACAUCUAGAAAGUCUGAAAUCCAUACUUGGGUAUUUGAUUUCGAUGUUCGUGGCCUGUGGUGCCCACAAAGUGCCUACUCAGAGUUCUUUUGUUGAUGGGAAACAUAACAGUCGCAGUGCUUGCUCACACCUUACUGGUGCAGGGACCUCCAAGGCUAAACCUUCCAUAGCCAAAAAGGGUCCUAAUGAGCUGCUUCAUUCUACUAUCAAUCCAGGUGCUCCAGCUGCAGAUGAUGCAACUUCUGUAGAUGAAGAUGAAGAUGAUGCUACAUCUGAUGGUGAACUAGCAAGUUUGGAUAGGGAUGAAGAGGAUGAUGGUAGCAAUAGUGAGAAAGCACUUGCUUCUCGAGUCUGUACCUUUACAUCUAGUGGCAGCAACUUCAUGGAGCAGCAUUGGUAUUUUUGUUACACAUGUGACCUCACUGUCUCAAAGGGUUGCUGUUCAGUGUGUGCCCGAGUUUGUCACCGGGGACAUAAAGUUGUUUAUUCUCGUCUUAGUCGUUUCUUCUGUGACUGUGGAGCUGGAGGUGUCAGAGGUAGCAGUUGCCUCUGUUUGAAGCCUCGAAAGUACGUCUCUUUGACAAGCAAUCUUCCAGCAACAAAUUCUAGUGGGAGUGAAUCAUUCAUGCCGGUGGCCGGAAACCCCCCUUCACAGUCAGACAGUGACUCUGAUGUUGAAGAUGACGUUCAGUUGGAUGGGGGAGGAGCAUCCAAACUUUCACUUUCGGAACAGGAACAAAAGGAGAUGCUGUCUUUCUUGACAGAUUUGGACGUUGAGGGGCAAGUAUUGUCUUUAUGCAAGAGGCUUCUGGGUCAGCUUCAUAAGGGACAGAAAGUGUCGAUCAGGAAAGAUGAAGAAGUACUGCUUGGUGGCGACAAGGUCCUGAAGGGAAAGACGGACGUGUUGCAACUCAAGAGGGCCUACAAGAGUGGAUCUUUAGAUAUGAAGAUCAAGGCAGAGUACUCAAAUGCACGUGAUCUCAAAUCCCAUUUGGUGAGCGGCUCCAUCGUGAAGUCGUUGCUGACAAUUAGUAGCCGAGGUAGACUCGCAGCAGGUGAAGGUGACAAGGUGACGAUUUUUGAUGUGGGUCAGCUGAUAGGUCAGCCAACAGCCACCACUGUCACAGUUGAUAAAACAACCGUAAAACCACUCUCGAAGAAUGCAGUACGAUUCGAGUUGGUGCAGCUUGCCUUCAACAGCGCUAACGAGAGCUACUUGGCAGUUGCUGGGUUUGAGGACUGUCAAGUUUUCACCGUGAAUCCACGUGGCGAAGUAACGGAUCGUCUCGCUGUUGAGCUUUCGCUUCAAGAUUCUCAUAUCCGUCGUGUAGCAUGGGUUCCGGGAUCCCAAGUCCAGUUGGUGGUGGUGACGAACAGGUUUUUGAAGAUAUAUGACCUGUCACAGGACAAGAUUGCUCCUACUCAUUAUUUUACCGUGUUGGAAGAUUCAAUUGCUGAUGCAUGUCUGGUUUCCAUAGGGCAGGGCCAGCUUUUGGCACUUGUUCUUUCACAGCAAGGAGUACUCUACAGCCAGCGUGUAAGAGCCGGAGGUGAUCCUGGUGCGCGUAUUUUGACUGAGAAUAUUCAGUUGCCAGACUCCCUUAGACCAGUCAGAGGAAUCUCUUUGUUUUACUCCGCUGCCUACAAACUGCUCUUCAUGGCCUUCGGUGACGGCUUGACGGUCAUCGGUCGCUUGAAUGCGGAUCUUUCAAAGUUUGUGGAAGUAUCAGCUGUACUUGAGCCCGAGCAAGAUGGCAAAACACGUUCGGCUGCCUUACAUCACUGGAAAGAGAUAUUUGAAGGCAGCGGACUGUUCAUCUCAUUGUCCAGUCAUAAGUCGAAUUCGGCAGUUGCAGUGCUGUUGGGAACUGCAGACUUGCAAGUACAACCGCUACGAACUGCUGGGAAUGGUGCUUCAUUGAGGGUUGAUGGUAUAGCUGCCUACCGACCUAUGACAAAAGAAAGAAAUAGUGUCCUUGUGCUGCAUGACGAUGGUAGUCUUCAGGUAUUCUCGUACAUACCUUCCGAUGCGGAUGCUGCCAAUGGGCCAAGUCUGGAGGUGCCAAAGCAGACUUCAAAUUUGGAGGCAGAGCAGGUGAAGAAACUGGGUGCUGCGUUGCUAGGAAGCAGGACACAGACUGGAGCUGCUCCUGUCUUUCCUCUGGACUUCUUCGAGAAAACGCAAUGCAUAACAACUGAUAUCAAAUUGGGGGGAGACGUGCUUCGUAACAGUGAUUCAGAUGGCGUGAAGACGAGUCUGGCAUCAGAUGACGGAUUCUUGGAAGGACCUAGUGCAAGCGGUUUCAAGAUCAUCGUCUACAACACGAACCCUGAUUUAGUCAUGGUUGGUUGCCGGGUGCACGUGGGGAACACUUCAGCGAGUCAUAUUCCUUCGGAGUUUCGCUUGUUUCAAAGGACGAUAAGGUUGGAAGAAGGCGUGCGGUCUUGGUAUGACAUACCUUUUACCAAUUCAGAGGCCUUGCUUGCAGACGAGGAGUUCACUCUCACCGUGGGUCCUACUUUUAAUGGUUCAUCCUUGCCACGGGUUGACUCUUUGGAAGUUUACGGGCGGUCUAAGGAUGAAUUCGGAUGGAAGGAGAAACUUGACGCCGUUUUAGACAUUGAAUGUCAAGGCCAUGGUGGCGCCGCUGGCUUGGGCGGAACCAGUGGUAGGGGAGCAAAGUACAAGAUGAUGCAAAGUGCGUCCUUGCUGGAACAAGUGUUUUCUGAUAGUUUCCAUCUGUUGCACAGCUACUAUCUGGCUUACCGAUCUCAAUCUACCUUAGAAGUUGAGGAGGUCAAACUAGAGCCUUGCCGGAAGAGAUGUUUACCAGUUCUGGAGACGGUUUUUGAAAGUGAUAGUCAGCCUCUUCUGCAGUCAGCAGCCAGACAUGUUCUGUGUGCUCUCUUUCCAGCAAAGGAUGCCUAUUAUCAGGCAAAGGAUUCAAUGCGGCUUGCAGGAGUAGCGCGUUCGUAUCCGGCUCUCACAGCAAGAAUGUCGGUUGGAGGUUCUGCUUCUUCACGAGUCAUUCAAGAAUUCUGUGCCCAAAUGCAGGCAGUAUGCAAAAUUGCUCUGCACCGUCAGUCGAAUUUGGCAAGCUUUUUGGAAUACAACGGCACAACUAUUGUGGAUGAACUGGUGAAGGUCUUAUGGGAAAUCCUUACUUGGGAGCAACUUGACGCACAGACCAUAAACAACUUGGUUAUCCCCAUGGUAGACCUGAUAUAUGGUUAUGCCGAGUGUCUUGCCCUUCAUGCAAGCACUGGUGUGGCGCCCAGGGUGUCGGUAGCACCGGCCGUUGCUCUCCUUCGCCAGUUAUUGUUUUCAUCGUAUGAAGCUGUACGGACUUCCUGCAGUUUGGCUAUCUCGUCGACUUUGCUCCAGGUGCCGCUUCCAAAGCAGACAAUGCUAGCAAUGGAUGAUGUCGCUGAGAACUCAAGGGCACCAUCAUUACCAUCGGAUAGUGGGAGUGGGAGCGGAGGUGCUGGACAGGUGAUGAUGGACGAAGAUACUGGCACGGCAUCUGUACAGUACUGCUGCGAUGGAUGUUCGACUGUACCAAUUCUCAGGCAACGUUGGCAUUGUAACAUCUGCCCGGAUUUCGAUCUGUGCGAAGCUUGUUAUGAAGUCAUGGAUGCAGACCAGUUGCCUCCACCUCACACCAGAGAUCAUCCGAUGUCGGCCGUACCAAUAGAGGUGGAGUCCACUAUUGGAGAUGGUAGCGAUAUGCAGUUUUCAUCUAUCGAUGAGUUGAGUGAUGAAAGCUUGCUGCAAAUGGCAACCGAGCUCAGUCUGCAGGCAAAUGGUUCGCCUGCCUCCUGUAACUCUGGCUUAGAUGCCGGUGAAGCUCUUUUGCAUGGUACCACAGAUGAAUCGAAAGGUCUUCCAAUCUCAGCAUCCAAAAGCGCAGUGAAUGGGUUGUUGUUGCAGGGACUUGUCGAAGAGAUCCAAGGCUGGAUGAGGACAAGUUCUGGGGCCCAGGCGCUACCCGUCAUGCAGUUGUUUUAUCGCUUGGCCUCUGCUUCUUCGGGCCCCCUCGUAGAGAACAUCUCAAGUGGCGGGGGUUUGGAUUUGGAGAGACUGGUACAGUUCAUGCUGCAGGAGAUGGACUUAAACGUUCCUUUGACAGUCAAGGUGCGCUCGAAUUUCGGAGAAGUGAUGAUACUUGCGUUCAUGUUCUUCACCUUGGUACUGCGCUACUGGCAUCAGCCUGGUGCCGAACAACAGGCAAGGUCGGGAACUGGGAAUCAAGAUGCCGCACAGAGCUCUCAGCAGUCAUCUGGUUCAACCUCAUCGUCUGCGAAUGAUGGGCAAUCCUUGGGAGAUGCUGGAUCGCAGUUGGAGCGAGCAUGCUCAACGUUGCGACAUCAACUCCUGAUAAAUUACCUUCUAAGUAUCGUUCAGCAACUUACACAUAUAUUCAAAAACUCUUCAAGAGGUUCUGAAUCUGUACCAAGCAGUUCUACGGGUUCUGGUUGUGGAUCUCUGCUGAGUGUUAGAAGAGAAUUCGCAUCGGGAAGUUACACUCCUUUCUUCUCUGAUUCUUAUGCCAAGGCUCACAGGGGAGAUUUGUUUGGAGACUUUCACCGUCUUCUUCUGGAGAGUGCAUUUCGCCUAACUUACAGUCUCAUACGCCCCGAGAAGUCAGAGAAGUCAAGUGACAAGGAACAGGUGACCUACAAAGCUUCCACAAUUACAGAUCUCAAACUUGAUGGCUGGCAGGAGGUCCUGUGUAACUUCAUCAACAAUCCGCACACCACGUUCAUUAGGAAGUACGCUCGGAGGCUCUUAUUGCACCUGUGUGGAACCAAAGGGCAUUAUUACAAUGUCAGAGAUACUUGGCAGCUUGGCAAAGAGGUAAAAAGGCUUUACAAGUUCGCUCAGAAAUCUGGUGGUUUUCAAGUACCAGUAGUAUAUGAUAGGAGCGUGAAGCUGGUGAAAUGUUUGUCAGUGAUUGCCGAAGUGGCUGCAGCCAGGCCUCGUAAUUGGCAAAAGUACUGCUCCAGACAUGUCGACGUCCUGAAGUUUCUGCUGAGUUGGAUCUUUUCAUUUGGUGAAGAGUCGGUCAUCCAGACUCUUAAACUCCUGAUGCUAGUCUUCUAUACCGGCAAAGAGGUGGGACCCCUUUCUUCGAAGUCACAAGCUUUGCCGGACUUGACUGAAGCUGCUGCUUCCACAAAUUCUAACAAAACAGGAUCUCAGCCUGGGGAUGCAAAGAAGAAGAGAAGUAGUAGCGAUGAGGGUUCAUCCGUUACUGGUGCCACGGAUAAGUCGUACAUGGAUAUGGAGCAGGCCGUUGACCAGCUUGCGGCGGAUGAUGGAAAGAUUCUCCGUAACUUCAUAGACUACUUCUUGUUGGAGUGGAAUGCUGCAUCAGUCCGGUAUGAAGCGAAAGCUGUUCUACACGGAGCAUGGAAUCAUGGAAAGCAGAAUUUUCGAGUUCUGAUGUUAACCUCUCUGCUGGAAAAGAUCCCCGUGUUGCCGUCGUAUGGGUCGAACAUUGUGGAGUACACUGAUCUUUUGACAUGGCUGCUCGGGAAAGGUGCGCCAGAUGCAACCGUCAGUAGUCAGGAAUCAUCUGUUGUUCAGGGAUGUCUGAACGGAGAGGUUGUGACGAGAAUAUAUGGUGCACUUUGUGCUCAAAAUGAGCUUCUCGCGAAUCAUCCGAACUCCCGCAUCUACACAACGUUGGCAAGUCUGGUCGAGUUCGACGGCUACUAUCUGGAGAGCGAACCUUGCUUGGCUUGCAGUAGUCCAGAAGUACCUUAUGCCAGGAUGAAACUGGACAAUCUCAAGUCGGAGACGAAGUUCACUGACAAUCGGAUUCUUGUCAAAUGCGUCGGUAGCCACACCAUUCAGAGUGUGACUAUGAAUGUUCAUGACGCACGUCGCUCAAAGUCUGUGAAAGUUCUGAAUCUUUACUAUAACAACAGAGCUGUGGCAGAUCUCUCAGAGCUGAAAAACAACUGGUUACUGUGGAAGAGGGCUCGCAGUUGCCAGUUGGCUUUCAAUCAGACGGAGCUGAAGGUGGACUUUCCUAUUCCUAUCACAGCCUGCAACUUCAUGAUUGAGCUGGAUUCAUUUUACGAGAAUCUCCAGGCUUCUUCUCUCGAAUCAUUACAGUGUCCCAGGUGCAGUCGCUAUGUUACUGACAAGCAUGGGAUCUGUAGCAACUGUCACGAAAACGCAUAUCAGUGCCGUCAGUGCAGGAACAUCAACUACGAAAACCUGGAUUCGUUUCUCUGCAAUGAGUGCGGUUACAGUAAGUAUGGUCGGUUUGAGUUCAACUUCAUGGCAAAGCCAAGCUUCACCUUUGAUUGCAUGGAGAAUGACGAGGACAUGAAGAAGGGUCUUGUGGCCAUUGAAGCAGAAUCCGAGAAUGCUCAUAGAAGAUACCAGCAGCUGUUGGGAUUCAAAAAGCCCUUACUGAAGCUUGUGUCAAGUAUAGGAGAAACGGAGAUGGAUUCGCAGCAAAAGGAUUCCGUGCAACAGAUGAUAGUAUCCGUACCCGGGUCCUCAUCCUUCAAGAUCAACAGGAAAAUUGCCAUCUUGGGUGUUUUAUAUGGAGAGAAGUGCAAGAUGGCAUUUGAUUCUGUCAGCAAGAGUGUGCAAACUCUGGAAGGUCUGCGACGAGUGUUGAUGGCUUACCUGGAGAGAAAACGUUCUGCUGGACAGUCUUCCAAUGCUCUUCCUGUAGCGCCGAGGCCACAAAAUCGAUGUUUCGGGUGUGCAAACACCUUUGUAGCGCAGUGUCUUGAGUGGCUCCAAGUCUUAGCUAAGCAGCCACAGUGCAGACAACAGCUAGUGGCUGCUGGAAUACUCCGUGAGCUAUUUGAAAAUAACAUUCAUCAAGGGCCAAAGGCUACUCGAAUACAGGCGACGACAGUUUUGUGCACAUUCACGGAAGGCGAUGCUACAGCUGUUGCUGAGCUGAACAACAUGAUAAAGCACAAGACCAUGUACUGUCUGGAUCAUCAUCGGUCCAUGGAUGUUGCUGCUUGCGUUAGGGACGAGCUCCAACUUCUGUCAGAAACCUGCUCUCUUACAGAUGAAUUCUGGGAAGCCCGUCUACGUGUUGUUUUCCAGCUUUUAUUCCGCUCUAUCCAGGUUGGGGCUCGUCAUCCGGUCAUUGCGGAACAUAUUAUUCUUCCUUGUUUGCGGAUUGUUUCACAGGCAUGCGCUCCACCGAAAUUAGAGGCUAGCAAAGGUGAAGCGACAGCCUUACCGCUUGCGCAGAGACGAUCUGAUCCGCAAAAGAGGACAGACUUACAGGAACGACCGGAAUUGCAGCAGCGAUCUGAUGUUCGGUUGGCAGAUGCCGUGAAAAGUCCUCUUGUGCAAGGGAGUUUCAUUUCCACUAAUGGCAAGGUUCAAAAUGUCCUGUUUGAGAAGGAAACGGAGGUGGAAAGACGGUCGCGAGAUACGCCUCUUGUAAAUUACAUUGAGUGGAGAAAUGGUGCGACAUAUGCAGACUUUUUACGGAGGCAGUACAUGGUAUCUCAGCUUACGAAGUCAGGACCACCGAAGGUCAGAAAGGAUCCCAAACGUGGGGACUUUUUAGCCCUGAAGUACUUGUUGAAGUGGAAGAGACGUGCUUACAAGGGAUCCGUCACCGACGAGCUUGCUGCAUUCGAAGAGAGCUCGUGGGUUCAUGAGCUGGUUCUCAGUGCCUGUUCACAGGCUAUACGACUGGAGAUGUGCUCGCUUAUUGAAUUCUUGUGCGCGCAGAGCCCCGUGCGUCGAGCCAAGUUUUUGAACCUCUUGAUGAACUUGCUAUCCUCAACGCGCGGAGCUGGAGAAAGUGCUGCAGAGUACUUUGAUCUUCUAUUCAAAAUGGUAGAAGCAGAGGAGUCCCGAUUGUUCCUUACAGUCAGGGGUUUUUUGAAAACUGCAUGCUCGUUGAUCACCGAAGAAGUUUCACGAAUAGAGGCGCAGGAGUGGAGUGUACAUACAGACAUCUCACAAGGCUACAUCCUCCACAAGCUGAUAGAACUGCUGAGCAAAUUUUUACAAGUGCCCAAUAUCCGCACCAGGUUUAUGAAAGAGAAUCUGCUUGCGCAAAUUCUGGAGGCGCUUCUCGCGUUGAGAGGUCUGGUAGUUCAGAAAACCAAGCUCACUGGUGACUGUGGUCGUCUUUUACGGGAAUUAUUGGAUGGUCUACUUCAAGAAAGCUAUGAGAACAAGCGCCAGUUUAUCCGCGCUUGCAUCUGUGGCCUUCAAUCUCAUAGUCGAGAAAAGAAGGAUCGUACAUCCUUGUUUAUUUUGGAGCAGCUCUGUGACAUCAUUUGUCCAACCAAGCCAGAGCAGGCUUACAUGAUGGUUCUCAACAAGGCUCAUACGCAGGAGGAGUUCAUCAGAGGAUCAAUGACAAAAAAUCCAUACUCCAGUCUGGAAGUCGGCCCACUUAUGAGGGAUGUGAAGAACAAAAUUUGUCACCAGCUAGAGUUACUGGGUCUUAUUGAGGAUGAUUAUGGGAUGGAACUUUUAGUCGCAGGAAGCAUUAUUGCUCUAGAUCUGAGUGUUGCUCAGGUCUAUGAGCAGGUGUGGAGGAAGUCCCAUAAUCAGACAACAACAUCUCCUGCUCCGUCAAGCAUUUUGGCCGCAACAGGGGCCACUGCUGGCAAGGACUGUCCACCUAUGACAGUUACUUAUAGACUCCAAGGUCUGGACGGAGAAGCGACGGAGCCUAUGAUCAAGGAGUUAGAAGAAGAUCGGGAAGAAUCCCAAGAUCCUGAGGUGGAAUUCGCCAUCGCGGGUGUGAUGAGAGAAUGCGGCGGCCUGGAAAUAGUUCUGAAUAUGGUACAGAAUCUAAGUAACCUUGAGAUGAAGGCUGCACAAGAAGAGCUGACAUUAGUUUUGAAGCUUCUAAUGUUCUGCUGCAAAAUACGAGCAAACCGGCAAGCGUUGCUCCAGCUGGGUGCCUUGGGUGUCCUUUUGGAAGCAGCUCGAAGAGCAUUCUCAACUGAUGCAGCCGAGCCGGCUGAGGGGCUUUUGCUCAUAGUCGAAAGUCUGGUCUCUGAGGCGAAUGAGAGCGAUCUGGGGGUGUCUGAAAGUUUUGCAAGUUCAUCCAAGUCUGGCGCUGGGACUGGGGUUCAGGCGGCCAGUGCUGUGCACAUGUUCUUGGAAAAGCUCUCCCACCCAACUGCAGUAAAUAAGUCAAACAAGCAGCAGCGCAACAAUGACACUGUGGCCAGGAUUCUCCCUUACCUCACAUAUGGGGAGGAGUCUGCGAUGGAGGUUCUUGUUGAUCAUUUUCUACCUUACUUGCAGGAUUGGGGUGGUUUUGACAGACUCAUCAAAGCGCACCAUGAAAGCCCCAAGGAUGAGUUGUUGGCCCACCAAGCCGCUACUCACCAACUUGCAUUGGACAACUUUGUUAAAUUGACAGAGUCAAUCAAGUUAAACCCAAAUGGAGAAAAGCUCAAGAGCCUUAUCAUGGAAAGAAACAUCACUACAGGGGCUAUUCGUUAUAUCAAAGGCGCUUUCACCAUCUUUGAGAAAGGAUCCGAUUACAGGUCAACUCCGGAGUGGGCACAAGGCUUAGAAAUGCCAUCUGUUCCGAUCAUAUUGUCCAUGCUGAGAGGUCUCUCUAGAGGUCACCUUGCUACACAGCAGUGUUUGGAUAAGGAGGGCGUUCUCGCCCUACUACACGCUCUAGAAGGAGUGUCAGGAGAGAACGAGAUAGGUGCAAGAGCGGAGAACCUUCUGGAUACAUUGUCUGAUAAAGAAUCCAAAGGCGAAGGCUUUCUCCUGAACAAGGUGUCAACUUUGAGACAUGCAACAAGAGACGAAAUGCGUCGACGUGCCCUGCGGAAAAGAGAGGAGCUUCUUUCGGGUUUGGGUAUGCGUCGCGAAGUAAGGUCUGAUGGUGGAGAGAGGAUUGUGGUAACCGAGCCACACAUAGAGGGUUUGGAAGAAGUGGAGGAAGAGGAGGCUGGACUUGCUUGCAUGGUAUGUCGGGAAGGCUACAGAUUGAGACCAACAGACAUGCUAGGCACUUACUGCUACAGCAAGCGAAUGAACUUGUCCCUUGGAAUGAGCAGCCACGUCCGAGCGGAAUGGGUAUACACCACCGUAAGCCAUUUCAAUGUCAUUCAUUUCCAGUGCCACCAGGAAGCUAAACGAGCAGAUGCUUCUCUGAAGAAUCCCAAGAAAGAGUGGGAAGGUGCUACCUUACGCAACAGUGAGACGCUGUGUAAUAACCUCUUUCCAUUACGAGGUCCCGCUGUGCCAUUGGCUCAGUACGCUCGUUGUGUGGACCAGUAUUGGGAUAACUUGAACACUCUAGGGCGUGCAGAUGGCAGUCGUCUACGUCUGCUCACUUACGACAUAGUCCUGAUGUUAUCUCGCUUUGCGACGAGUUCGUCGUUCAGUGUUGAUUGCAAGGGUGGAGGUAGGGAGAGCAACUCUCGUUUGCUGCCUUUCAUGGUCCAGAUGGCCAGACACUUGCUGGAUCAAGGUGGAGCUCCUCAACGACGAGUCCAGGCCAAGGCCCUUGCUUCCUACCUGAGCCCACCUUCAGCUCCAGAAACACACGAGUUGGGCUUCAAGCCUGGCACUCCACCUACUCCAACGAGAGCAGGAGCUAUGGAUGACUCUGUACAAUUUAUGAUGGUGCAAUCUCUGCUUCUCCAAUCUCUUGAAGACUGGAGGCAUCACCGCCGCACGUUUUUGCAGCGGGCUGUGUUACAUGCAUAUGUACAGUACAAAAGCGGGAGGCCUUUGUUCCCAGCUUCUUCUCUUCCGUCUUCUGCCAGGAACGCUUCCGAUUUCUCUCCAAAUUUAGGAACUCCAGAGAGUAAACGCUCUGAAGAUCUCCGUCUCGGCGAAGAGACGAGGAUAACUUUCAUCAGCAGGGAGCUACUAUUUACGGUAGUUCAGCCGAUGCUGGUUUACGUAGGGUUAGUGGAUCAGAUGCAACAGUUUCUCAAAAGUGGGAGUGCAAAAAGUAGAGAACCAUUAGAUAAGGAGGAUCGAAAAUCUAGUAAUCCCGAGAAUUUCAAAGAUGAUGGAUCUGUCCAUUGUGGCAUAGAGCCAUGGGAGACGAGUUUGAAGGACAGGCUUCGGGAUGUGAGUGCAAUGUUGGGUUUUGCCAAGGAUAUGUUGGAAUGGCUAGAGGAGAUGCAAGGUUCCCAAGAUAUCCAAGAAGCAUUCGAUAUCAUGGGUGCUUUGGGGGAUGCUCUCAGUGGUAGUCAUACAUCCUGUGAGGAUUUUGUUCGGGAUGCAAUUGCAUCCAGCCAAUUUAGAUAACAGGAGCUCCCCAACCUCAGAGUAAUCUGUUCGUACGUUAUAUAGUCUGGGAAUCAGGUGAGCUUUCACUAUCCUGAUUCCCCUAGCUGAGGUUGGAGCUUGUGUGCAAUUUAGCUGCACAAAUCAUCCAAUUCCUUUUUGUACCAUAGGUUGUGAAAGUCCGUGAUUGAGCAUAUUAGGUGUAGCUUAGCAUUUUGAUGUCUCAAGAUGAACUAAUGAGUCUAGGCUUUGAAAUGGCAAGGUAUUCCAAUUACAAUUUUACAUGUAAAGGUGAAAGAUGAGAGCGGUUUGUCCAUUUGAGAAUGCAAGAACUUAUUUAACCU